UAGACUUAGGAGAAUUAAUGAUUUGUUUGUGCUACCUCCCGAAAGCAGGAAGAUUGACAAUAACAAUUAUCAAGGGCCAUAAUUUGAAAGCCAUGGAUAUCACUGGAAAGUCUGAUCCUUACGUCAAAGUGUACUUGCUAUGCCAAGGCAAGAGAAUAAGAAAAAAGAAGACAAGCGUGAAAUACAAUACAUUGUGCCCUGUAUAUAACGAGGCACUGGUUUUUGAUGUCCCAGAGGAAAAUAUAAACGACGUUUCCCUUGUGGUGAAGGUUAUUGAUUAUGACAGAAUUGGUCUAAACGAACUGAUGGGUUGUAUUAUAAUUGGUCCAACUUUUAUUGGGAAAGGUCGGGAUCACUGGACGGAAAUGUUAGACAAUCCACGUAGACCCGUAGCACAAUGGUAUCCACUAGUUGAAUCAAUUCCAGCAAAUGUCCCUCCGCUUAAGGAUGGAUCUAUAAGUCUUAGUUGUUUGAACAGUAGGUGAAGGAAUACUGUUGCUGAUAUCACCUGAAAUAAUUGAUAUAAAUAUAAAUCAACAUUUUGCUUGUUUAAUGGGAAAUCGAAUGCAGAUCGUAAUUUUUCCUGAAACGCCCGGAACCAUACGAG